AUGUCAUAUCUGCGCUAUGAUUCUUACUAUGGCGCUUCUCGCCCCCAAGCGCCCACACCCAUCGGGGGCGUUAGCCCUCCAGAAGAGCGGUACCAAUCGUAUCAAAUGCAAUACCAGGUGCAGCCUCAGCCAGAGCCAACGCAGUUUCAAGCAUUUCAGUAUCAGCCGCAGGUCAGACAGUUCACAUCGCCUUCAUACAUGCAACCACAGCCAGUUCAGCAGGUUCCGAGGAGCCAGUCCUACGGAUACGAUAGGAUGGCCUCAUAUCAGACAGGCAACUAUGCUUAUGACCGUCAGGUCCCUGUAUCGCAAAUGCCCGUCGCUCCAGCUGCACAACCUGGGCAGCCUCCCGUGAACGUUCAAUCCUCGUAUGUCCGAAAGGAUGAAAGUGCCUUGUCAUUUGAGCGCCCUAAUGUUCUUCUACCUCAACCUACCAUACAUAUGAAUCAGCCCUCCUUCGUUCAACAGCCUCGCAACGAUGAUUUGUACAGUUCCCAGGAUCGAAGAGCUGCUCAGGAAUCUGGUUCAUACAGACUUGUGUCAAGGGAUGAAGGUUAUCGUCAAAGCGACCCAGUUCAACAACCCAGCGAUCGUUCCAACCUGUUUAGUCCCUCUGGAGUACAUGAUCGCAUCAGUACCUUUUCCCCUUCCGGAGACAAUAGAAAUAAUGGCAUGACAACCCCAGUCCAGAAUGAAAUCCACAACGACGACCGAGCAGCGGCUCUGCGUCAGUACGAUCGUCAACGAGAAUAUGCACAGUCCGAUUUGUUGGGAAGAAGACCAAGCGAAGAUAAGAAACAGUCAAUCUAUAAUCGGCCAAUCAAUUCUGCACCUUCUCCUGCCCAUGAGCGUCAUCAUGAAAUCAACCGGAUGGCCAAUGCGACACCCACCAACGUGAUUCCACCCAGUGCGUCACCACUUCCUACCUCCGCUUCGAACUCAACAGGAUUAGUGGGGAUCGGCAUUGUUUUUCAACAGAAGAACGAUGGAAGAAUGUACAUCAAGUCUCUCAUUGAGGGUGAAGCUGCCUCUCUCGCUGAACCACGUCCGUUGGAGGGCGAUUGCAUUAUUGGAGUAGAUGAUAAUCCAGUAGAAUUUGGAUGUGAUUUAGCCAAGCUUAGAACAUUCAUCAUUGGCAGACCUUCAACAGCUGUCAUUCUUCGAUUGAGACGAAGCCCAGACCUCGAAUAUCAGACGAUUAUCAUCCGUGGGAAUAGAUCAGCAAGUGUUGCGCGAAAUCCUACUUUUGUGCCACAAAGCAUAAGCAAGGCACCUGUGCAAAUUGUGGAGCCAGUUGCUCAACAGAUGGCUAGACCCUCUAGGACACCCUCUGAGGGAUCCCGAUAUGAGAUCAACUCGACUCCUGACUCAAGCCUCAAUGUCGCGAAUGCUGAUAACCAAUCGCUGUAUGGCUCCAACUCGGGAAUCAAGGCUAGAUCUGGCAUUCGUCCUGAUGAAGAUCCUGUUGAACGUGCAAGGCAAGAUCUAGCGAGAGCUCGUGCCCGGCAAGCCGAAAUUCAGGCACAAGCAAGCAUGUAUACUGCUGGCACUUCUGGACUUUACGGCAGCAGGGAGAGAGCAGAAGAAUCGAGUUCAUACGGCAUUGCCAACCGCGGGAUUUCCAUUGCAGCAUCUCGGAAUUAUCCGGUGCCUGAGGCCUCCACACGUAGUCGUAGCGCGGACCCACCAGCACGGCGAGGGAGUGACGAGGCAUCCCGCCGCCCAGCUUCCAGUCUCGCAACCGCCAUGCAACGACUUCAGGCUGAGCUGGACGAUAGCCGUCCUCGUUACGUUCCCAAAUCCAAUUUGGCUGCGAUGCCCGAAGGAGGUUCCUUGUACAACAGUCGUGAUGGAUCUGCUCCAGCUGAGCAGCCUGUACGAGAUCUAGGAAUGCAGCGAUCUUACGACCGGGGAGGCAUGGCGGCUAAAUAUGGCAAUCAAGGGGGAUACACUGCUGGGAUGGCAAGACCAAAUGCUUUCUCGCCCACGUACUCGCAAGAUAUUUAUGGCUCUGCUGGCUCGCGAUACGGCCGUUGA